AUGAUGACCGAGAAGAAGUCAUUGCUACAAGAUCUAAUUGAAAUUUCAGGUGGUUGUGCUGUUACUGAUGGGGGAUUUGCCACACAGCUUGAAAAACACGGUGCUUCCAUCAAUGGUCUUCUUUGGAGUGCUAUUUCUUUGAUCAAAGAGCCACAUCUUAUCAAAAAGGUUCACUUGGAAUAUUUGGAGGCUGGGGCAGAUAUAUUGGUUACUUCAUCUUACCAAGCUACCAUUCCUGGAUUUUUGUCCAGAGGGCUGUCCACUGAAGAAGCAGAAUCUCUAUUACAGAGGAGUGUCAAGUUGGCAGUUGAAGCUCGUGACAGUUUCUGGACAUCGGCUAAAACAAAUCCUGAAAACAAAUAUAGAAGAGCUUUGGUUGCAGCCUCCAUUGGAAGCUACGGGGCUUAUCUUGCUGAUGGAUCAGAGUACAGGGGACUGUAUGGACCUGAUGUGAAUUUGGAGAAGUUGAAGGAUUUUCAUCGCCGUAGAUUGCAAGUUCUUGUUGAUGCUGAUCCAGAUUUGCUUGCUUUUGAGACCAUUCCAAACAAACUUGAAGCUCAGGCUUUUGUUGAAUUAGUUGAAGAAUUAAACGUCCAAAUCCCAUCUUGGAUCUGUUUUACAUCUGUAGAUGGUGAAAAUGCUCCCUCAGGAGAGAGUUUCCAAGACUGUCUUGAAGUAGUAAAUAAGAGUAGCAAAGUAGAGGCAGUUGGUAUAAACUGUGCACCUCCCCAUUUUAUAGAAAGUCUCAUCUCCAAAUUUAAGCAGUUGACAAAGAAGGCAAUCAUUGUUUAUCCCAACAGCGGAGAAGUAUGGGAUGGUAUCGCAAAAAAAUGGCUUCCAUCCAAGUGUUUUCAUGACGAUGAUUUUGGAUUUAAUGCAACAAGAUGGCGUGAUUUAGGAGCUAAAAUAAUAGGAGGUUGUUGCCGGACUACACCCUCCACCAUUCAAAUUAUUUCAAAUGCUUUAAGAAAAAAUAUUUAA